AGCAGACGAUCUGGUGAAUGGAGAUAUGACAGAGUAAUAACGUCUUAUUACAUGUGCACGAUUAAGUUAUUACAAACGUAAAGUGCGGUGACAUUUCUUAAAAAACAUAAACUAAUCAAACAUUCUUCACGUUGGUGGAUGAGAUGGAGGAUGUAAACAGGGCUGAUGCUGCGUCCACAUCCAAGAGCCACACAAGCUCACUCCCCCUGCAGACUCCAAAAAAUGAGGAGGCCUAUGAAAUUGUCAUCCCUUAUGAAGAAAACAACUUUGAGCAGCAAGGAUUUUUCAACCAGAGUGAUCAGAAUUUUGAAGAGACGCCCCCAUCUGCAGGCCCGUCUCAAGUAAACAACUUAUACAUGGUGAUCACCAACCUGCGGACCCAGCUACAGAUCUCUCUGGAGAAAAACUCUUGGCUGCAGAAAAGAAUUGAGGACUUGGAAGAGGAGAGGGACUUCCUCCGUUGCCAGCUGGACCGCUUCAUCUUUUCCACAAAGAGCCAGGGACAGGAGCAGAGUCAGAGCCAGUACAGUAACGGUUAUGAAUCCAGACGAUUUAACUGGAGGGUAAGAAGAGAGGAAGAUCGUCCAGUUGAGCAACCGAAGACGGAGUCUCAGCAUUUCCCCUCACGUCAGUUCAUUCAACGAAGGCCUGGUCCUCCAACCAUGGCGUCUUCCAAAAACCAUGCCUCCAAUCCACUUACCAAUCAGUUUGCUUCUAUAAAUGCUUUGUUCAACUCUACACAAUCCCAGGCCCUCUUUCAAGGCCAUAGCCAUAGUACUCCCAAUACCACAGCCGGUGGCAGCAGCGGCAACAGUGCUACAAGGUCAUCCAUGAAUGAAAUGAGUGGACAUGGCAACAUAGGUCCAGGUAAUGCAAAUUCACUUUCAGUCUUUGGAGAAUCUGAUGAGUACUUGGAGCAGGACGGCUACCUCGAGGAGGAGGAAAUGAUAUCAGGGGAAGAUGUAAUGCAAGAUACCAUUAACAGCAACAGACAACAAUUAAAGAGAAGGCGUGUCUUGAGAGCCCCUAGAGAGCGGCAGAGAGUGAAAGAUGCUGCUGGAGUGCUCUUUCGCUACAAGAAGAUCCUGCUAACAUACCAGCGUCUGAAAAACAUGUCAAAAGCCUUCCAUAUCCAUGGUGUGGACCGCAACACGGUGGCUUCCACCACACCCAUUGCUGAGCUGCUACUCGUGGCCCCGGAGAAGGUGGCAGAGGUGGGCGAGUUUGACCCAUCCAAGGAGAAGCUGCUGGACUAUGCCCGACGCUGCUACACUGUCCUGGAUGAGGAGACACUUAACAGGGUGCAGGCCCUGAAGAAGAAUAACCUGCUCCUGCCCAUCUCCUACAGGUUUAGACACUGAGGAGAGAAAGACAGAGGAAUGGGACGUCUCUCUGGAAAACAGGGGAGUUGGUGGAAGAGUGUGGAGAGAAGAGGCAGUUAGGUUCUGCUGCAGCAGGUCAGCUCACGCACAGAGGAUGUCUGGAUAUCUCAGCGUCCCGGAUAUGGCCAUGUACGCCACAGCUGAGAUCCUUUGCUUUUCAUACAAAUAAACUUUUCACAUCUCACUUUUGUUAUCAAUUUAAUGUCAGUUUCUUUGACAUAUCCUCACCAUCAUAAUAUUGAGGAUGUGUGAGUGCCUGCUGCAGCCGGAAAGGGAAAAAACAUGGUUCUCAGUGCUCAACAAUGGCAUGUCUGUGUGUUUCAGAAUUUGUGAAUAGGAUUGUAAUGUAUAUGAUUUUCAUGGUAUUACACUUAUUAUCAUUAUUAUUAUUAUUAUUAUUAUUAUUAUUAUUAUAUUAUUAUUAUUAUUAUUAUUAUUACUAUUUAUGGCAGUGGGUGUGUGGUUAUGGUGCCGGCUGCUGGUGGGAGGGACUCAGACAGCUGGACAGAAUCAGGUAAUCAGUCACAUAAUAUAAAGCAUGAUGGUAACCUGGUUCUGACCUCCUGCAGAGAAGGCUGGGUCCAAGACGAGGAAGACGUGCAGUCAAGCAGAGCAGCAGAACAACAUUUAAGUUGUGAGCAUUUUGUGAGGCUGGAUGUAUCCUGUGAUAGCUGGAAGGCUAGAGAACAUUAAAGCCUGUUUGUUUUCACCCAAA